CUCUGCUCUGCCUCGUCCGCGCCCUCCCCUCUGCAUGCUCUAUUCCACGAGCCCACUCGCGCUCUUGUUGCCCGACUGCCACCCCGGGCCAUUGUUUCUCUUCCGUCUCUGCUCUUCUCUCGCCCACUGAGACUGUCUUUUCUCCGAGGUCACUGGCGCGCGAAGCAGGUACGUGGGAAACGUCACUGGCUCGUGACAGCAUUCGACGCCCACGACACUCCCCUCCACCCACCACAUGCAUUGACAUUCGCGCUCCAGCAGUGACACUCCCAUUCUCGACACUGCAGCAUGGCUGCGCAGCAAUCGCCGACGGGGCCACUGUCGCAUCAACACCAUUACGGAGGCCCUGCGCGUCCACCUCCGCCGCCCAACGGUGCCAUGCCCAUGCAGCAAAUCCCUCCUGGCAAGUCGGCCGCGGAAUACCUUCGAGCCACCAACGAGUCGGUAUGGCUGCAGCUAGGCAAUCUGUCAGAGGUCAUGGGCGAGCUCGACGGCGCGACUCAAGCCUACGAACGCGCCAUGAACUUCAACCAGUGGUCGGUGCCAGCUAUGCUCGCCAUCUCGUGUAUCCUGCGCUCCAAAGACCAGUUCACAGCUGCUGUGGAAUACCUUAGGCAGAUUCUCAAGGUGGAGCCCACGAACGGCGAGGUUUGGUCUAGCUUAGGUCACUGCUAUCUCAUGAUGGACGACCUACAGCAAGCAUACUCUGCCUAUCAACAAGCAUUGUACCACUUGCCUGAUCCUAAGGAGCCCAAGCUGUGGUACGGCAUCGGUAUUCUCUAUGAUCGAUACGGUAGCUUGGAGCACGCAGAGGAGGCGUUCUCUCAAGUCAUGCGCAUGGAACCCGGCUUCGAGAAAGCAAACGAGAUUUACUUCCGGCUGGGCAUCAUAUACAAACAGCAACAGAAGUUUGCGCAAAGUUUAGAGUGUUUCCGUUACAUCGUCACCGACCCGCCGCGACCUCUUAGUGAGGAAGACAUCUGGUUUCAGAUCGGUCACGUUCAUGAACAACAAAAAGACUACGAUUCGGCAAAGGCGGCGUAUACUCGCGUCCUCGAACGCGAUCCCAAUCACGCCAAGGUAUUACAACAGCUUGGCUGGCUUCACCAUCAACAGAGCAGCAGCUUCACCAGUCAAGAGCAAGCUAUCGAGUACCUCGAGAAAUCGGUCGCCUCGGACCAAAAUGAUGCUCAGAGUUGGUAUCUGCUCGGCAGAUGUUACAUGUCCCAGCAAAAGUAUCCCAAAGCCUAUGAAGCCUAUCAACAGGCAGUCUACCGCGAUGGUCGCAAUCCUACGUUUUGGUGCUCGAUCGGUGUUCUCUACUACCAGAUCAAUCAGUACCGAGACGCGCUGGACGCGUAUUCUCGUGCAAUUCGUCUCAACCCCAACAUCUCUGAGGUGUGGUACGACCUGGGUACCUUGUACGAAUCGUGUAACAACCAAACAAGUGAUGCCUUGGACGCCUACACUCGAGCAGCGGAUCUCGACCCGACGAACGUACACAUCAAAGCACGCCUCGCUCUGCUGAAAGGUCAGCCAACUAACGGUUUGCCCAACCAAGGCGGCGCGCCACUGCCGCAGGACGUGCACCCGCAAGCCUACCAGCCUGGCGCGCUCGGAGGCGGACCUCCCGGUCCUCAAUGGGGAGCCCACUCACAGAAUGCUCCGCCGCCAGGACCCGCGCCGCCGCCACUUGCUGCUGGCAACAACUGGGGCGGCAAUCGCUUGGCUGAUUUGCAAAAUCCUCAGAUGCAGCCGCAGCCUUUGAACCCGUACGACCAACGUGAACGUCUACCACCUCAACAGCAACAACAAGGGCCACAACAAGGCCCCCAGCAAGGCCCUCAGCAGGGUCCUCCUUCCAAUGCUCAGCAACAGCAGCCUGCUCCAGCGAGGCAGCAGAGUCCACCACCGUCUCGCCAGUAUCAAGAACAGCAGCCACAGCGCCCGCCACCUCCGUCUCACCGAGGUCUCUCACCAUCGCCAAAGGGUCAGCAAUCGACGCCCGCAGGAUUUCCGGGAGGUCCGCAUCAUCAGAGCUCGCAGCAGCAACAACAGCAAGGCCCUCCUUCUCAUCACGGCCCAUCAGCGCAAGAGCAGCCUCCGCAGAGACCUCCAUUCAUGUCUCAUCCUUCUAAUGGACCAUUGCCACCACAGACUAACGGCGUCUCGACGCCGAGCGCAUCUCACACUCUGCCACCAUAUGGCCGACAGGGUGAGGGUCAGCCUGAGAUUAGACCUCUGAUCAACAAUCCUGCUCCAUCGCCAAGCGCUAGUCAAUUCGGUGGGCCUCGCACACCAUUUGAGCAUCAUCCAAACCCAGCAGCACCCAGCAUCGCCAGUGGCGCUCCUCCUCCAACGUCUGCACAAAGUGCUGCCGAUGCUGCUGCACGCGAUCGGGAAGAAAGACCUGGCAGCGCCGCUCCAAAGCGACACCGCGAGUGGGAAGAUGAUCCGAAUCCAGGUGCGGCUAAGAAACCUAUGGGUGAGGAAAACAGGUCGAGACUGGACGAGAUUAAGAUGCAUCGCCCAUCUCCGCCUUCAAAGAUGGGCACGCCACCACACCGAAGUCCAUCUGAGCUUCGACGAAUGGAGGAGCCACGUCCCACCUCUGCAUACAACCCAUCCGAAGCUGCGCACCACCCUCCUUCGUUGCCUUCGAUGCAAUCAAUCACGCAGAGGUCGCCACGCACCUCGGCUCCGCCUCAAGAGGAGCAUCGCGCUCCUCCGCCACCCCAGCCUGCGCCGGCUCAAGUAUUUGAGCCAGCUGCUCGCAAGAUGGACGUGGACGAAAACUAUGAUGACAGCGGCGAUGAGGAGAAACGGUCGACCACGAAGCAAGAAAGUCGCAAGAACAGUCCGAAGCCCGCAAACGGCACUGCGGCCGCUGCGACGACGAAUGGCUCCGGCGAGCAGCAAUCCUGAUGACCAUAUGAAAUAACCAGAGAAAUAUGCGCACGACACCGUGAUGAUUUCCCGAGGCCGCUUAUUAGGCAGCACAGCUUUUGAUAUGUCAUUGUAGCUGCAACUCGCUUCUAGCAUAUGUAUAGGCACAUACUCAAAUUCGACAUCUUCUUCAUCAGCUUCUUCAUGUGCAGCACGCGC